AUGGCUACCGAUGCAGCCCUCUUUCGUACGGACAAGCAACUCAGCAUUCUUGCGUGCGGAAUCAAUGGGUUAGCGCUGCGCUAUGUAACGGCAGAUCUUCGAAAAGACGCGGAACUUGUCAGAAUUGCCGUUGCCGCAGACUGGCGGGCUUUGCGCUUUGCGAGCCUGAAGAUUCGCUCGUCGCUCGAGCAUCUGGACAUCGCUCGUUCUGCCAUCGCAAAUAAUGGGUGGGCCUACAAGUACCUUCGUGGUCAGCUUCGACAGCAGCUCGAUCUUGUCCAAUUAGCCGUCGAACACAAACCGUGGGUCCUCCGAUACGUUCCGGCCGAAAAACUUCUGUCUGCAGAAGUCUUCGCAUCCGCGGCGACAGCUGACGGCGUCCCAGCUUUGAAGUUUUGCCCUCCAACCCUGCAAACCAAGGACUUGCUGAAAAGCGCCGUCCAGUCGAACGGGCUAGCAUUGAAAUAUGCUUCUUCCACUCUCGUGGACGCGCCGAUUGUAGAGCUGGCUGUGGAACAGAAUCCUUACGCAAUACGAUUCGUCACCGACAAGAAGCUGCGGAACGACGCUCAGCUUUUGUUGAAGAUUCUAAACGGCCCGAGUCCCAUGUUGAGAACUGACUGGCAUUGUGAUCCGUUGCGCGAAACGAAGAGACGGAGAUCGGACCGGAACGAUACACCGUCUUGGUGCUCACCUCUUCGCCCAUCCACGAACUUUGAGAGUGCAAGGAAUGGGCCUGUCGCUUCCGUCCGAAGCAGCUGCGCUUGCUCAACGUGCUUACUCACGCAGACGAAAAGCACAUAUGAAGCAAGAAGCGCGAGUUGGUAUAGGCACAAUACUGCCACCCGGCGGUCGGUUUGUUUGUUGCAACGCUACAUCCACGUGUCCGACUUUUGCGGAGACGGUGAGCACAUCUGCAAUGCAGUUUGCCGGGAGCAACUGCAUGACUAUCCGAUGACCGAUUUCGGGCGUCGCAGCGAAGCCCUUGCGCGCUGCUUCGACCACCUGCAAGAAGAUGAAGUAGGUUCUGUGUCCGAGGAUCUAGCCGCCUUGAUUCUGCAAGACUCUCCUGACGACGGUGUCCGUGAUGAUGAGCACAUCGUGCGCCGGUGUGUUCAGCUGAAUGGGCUUUCACUGGAACACGCAAGCCUGCGACUUCGGCGUGAUGGCGACAUCGUUCGAGAAGCAGUUGCUCAGAACCAUGACUCUCUUCUAUUCGCUGCGGAUGAGCUUCGCUCAGACCCGGAAUUUGUG